UAGUGUUUCCACAAUGUUCGUGAGAUAGCAGCCGGCCGGCGUAGUUAGGUUACUUCGGGUCAGUAAACGCUAGGUGGGCGUCUGCGGCGGUAUCGUUCACUGCAAUCAAAUAAUGGCAAUAGACCUGUACUACACUCCGGGGUCGGCGCCGUGCCGCGCCGUGUUGCUGUUCGCGGCCGCUCUUAAUAUCAACGUCAACCACAACCUCGUGGACCUCAGAGCUGGAGAACAAUUGAAACCGGAUUUCUUAAAGUUAAAUCCUCAACACACUGUCCCAACGAUUGUAGAUGAUGGUUUUUCUCUAUGGGAGUCGCGCGCCAUCGGCCGGUACCUGGUGAAUCAAUAUGGCGGCGACAGCGAGCUAUAUCCUAAAGACCCUAAAGCUAGAGCUGUAGUAGACCAGAGAUUGGACUUUGAUUUAGGAUCACUGUAUCCCAAAUUCGCUCAGUACUUUUAUCCUCAAAUCUUCGGUGGUCAGCCCGCUAACGAGGAGCAUCUGAAGCAGCUGAAGGGUAGUCUGGACUUCCUCAAUACAUUCCUGGAGGGGAGCAAGUACGCGGCAGGAGAGGGACUGACCUUGGCUGACCUCAGCCUGGUGGCCACCGUGUCUACCAUUGAUACAGCCGGGAUCAGCAUUGCUGAAUAUCCUAAUGUUGUUCGAUGGUACGAACUGGUAAAGAAAACUGCACCUAACUAUGAAGAAGCCAACGGCAAAGGUCUUAAGAUGUUCAAACUUAUGAUAGACAACCUCAAGCCUAAAACUGAACUUCUAUUAGUAACAAUGCCGAUCGACUUUUACCACUCAAAAGCUUCGGCCCCUUGCCGCUUUGUGGAGUUAGUGGCGGCAGCACUUCACGUCCCAUUGAACCGCAAACAAGUCGACUUAAUGGCCGGCGAGCAUAUGCGUCCGGAAUAUAUCAAGAUGAAUCCUCAACAUAAUAUACCUACCAUCGUAGACGAUGGCUUCGUCCUAUGGGAGUCUCGCGCCAUCGGGCGAUACCUUGUCAACAAAUAUGGCGGCGAUAGCUCCCUGUACCCAAAAGACCCUCAAGCGAGAGCUGUAAUAGACCAGAGACUGGACUUCGAUAUAGGAACAUUGUAUGCCAGAUUUUAUCAGUACUUUUAUCCACAAGUACUGGAAGGUAAGUCAGCUGACGAGGGGGCGCUGAAGAAACUGCACGAAGCCUUCGCCAUGCUGAACACGUUCCUGGAGAAGAACAAGUAUGUAGCUGGGGAGGAACUGACUUUGGCUGACCUCAGUGUUGUCGCCAACGUGUCAACUAUCGAUUCAGUUGGGAUUAGUAUUGCAGAGUACCCUAAUAUUCUCAGAUGGUUUGAUCUUGUUAAAAAUACGGCGCCUGAUUACGAAGAAGCUAAUGGAAAAGGCGUACAAGAAUACAAAGAAGUUAUUGGAAAGCUUCGAUCAUUGAACUCAAAUUGAAAUGCUAUU